UCCUCAAACAUCCAUAUUCUCAACUUUCACAAACGUCACAAGUUUUUCAUAUCAUCCCAUCCCACAAAGAAAAACCAGCAGCAACUUUUUAAUUUCAUCACUAUGUCUGGCUGCUACACUACUAGAGACCCUGUGAAGGUAGUGAUAAUCAAUACACAGUACGUGGAAACUGAUGCAAUGAGCUUCAAAUCAGUUGUUCAGAGGCUUACUGGGAAGGAUUCGAAAAUCGAAAUCGACCCUUCUUCUAAUUAUUCUUCUGCUUCAGGUUUUUAUGGUAAUAAUAAAGAAGAUCAUCGUCAUCAGCAGCAGCAGCAGCAGCAGAUGACAAGAUAUGGAUCUGCAACAGGUUUACAAAUGUCGGCCAAUGUUCCAGUUAUGUCUCGAGGGUUGUCGUUUAAGGAUUUCGAUAGGUUGCUUAAGGAGUUGCCCCCAUUGGACGAGCUUUUCCGGCUGUGUCCAGAGUAGUAUGCAAGAACUUUUCCAUCCUAAAAACGAAAAAAAAAAAAAAGCAAGAACUUUUCUUCGCAAAUACAUUGCAUUUACACAUAUCAUGUAUUCGUUUAUUCUUUCUUAAUGUAGCAAAAAUGCUAUCUUCUUUUGUGUAA